AUGUGGGUCUACGUCGGUCUCGCGGUCAUCUUUCUCGCCCUGAGAGCAAUCUAUCGUUUGUACUUCCACCCCCUCGCCAAAAUCCCGGGCCCAAAGCUGGCAGCCAUCUCGAGUCUGCCAGAAUUCUAUCACGAUGUGAUCCGCGAUGGGAGAUAUUUGUGGGAAGUCGAGAAAAUGCACGAGAAAUAUGAAGCAGGCCCUGUAGUGCGGAUCAACCCCUAUCAGGUUCAUAUUAAUGACCCCUCGUUCUAUGGCGAGAUCUGCGCCUCUGGCGGCCGCAAGCGGGACAAGAGCUUCGCCGCGAUGGCUGGUCUUCGCUCAAGCGAAUCACUCCCCAGCAUCAUCGACCACGAUCAUCACAAUGUCCGCAGGAAACAUCUCAACCCUGUAUUCUCCAAGAAAGCUAUUGUGGAAAUUGUUCCUAUGAUCCAGCGAAAGAUUGCCAUGGUUAUGGAAGACCUCGAGACAGCCUACAAUACCGAAGGUCGCGUGGUGGAUCUCGAGCACGAGUUUACGGGCCUGACAGCCGACACAGUAACCGAAUUCACCUACGGCAAAGACCUGGGAUUUCUCCGAGAUAAGCAAUUUAAUAAUGUUAUCUUGGGUGCCAUGCGCGAAAUGACGGACCAGUUCCAUGUCAACCGCUUUUUUCCGUUUCUAACCCCCCUCCUCAGCCACCUUCCACCUUGGUUUAUGUGCCAGUUCCGGCCCAAGUUGGCUGGUAUUUAUGAGCUACAGAAGAGAAUCAACAAGGAGCCCGUGAUCAAGAAUCAUGGUAUCAACACGGUGAUGGAAACUUUGACUGAUCCCUCCAUGCCUGCCGAGAUCAGGUCCCCUGAGUUCAUCCGCGAGACCGUGAACAUCAUCCUGGGCGCCGCAACUGAGCCUACGAGCGGCACCCUACUGAUGGGUAUCUACCAACUAGUGCAACAGCAGCCUCUCUGGCUUAAGCUACGCGAGGAACUCAAGGCGGUGAUGCCUGCACCGACAGACGCCCCUUCGUGGCUGCAAUUAGAGCAGCUUCCACUAAUGCGGGCCGUGUUCCACGAAGUGCUCAGAUUCUCGCCCGGUACUAUUCGCAUCGCACGUGUGGCCACGCAGGAAACCUUAGUUUGUCAGGGCCACGCCAUGCCACCAGGAAGUACCGUUAGCGCCAGCGCACGCCUAAUCCAUAUGCACGAGGAUCCCUUCCCCGACCCACAUUCUUUCAACCCGGAUCGCUGGCUCGAGGCAGACCCCAAGCAGCAUAACAAAAUGCUCCAGGCCUUGGUCCCUUUCUCGCGAGGACCCCGGAACUGCAUCGGUUAUAAUCUCGUUACCGCGGAAGUCUAUAUGGUUCUCGCUGCUAUCAUCCGUCGAUUCGAUAUGGAGUUAUAUGACACUUCUCCCGCAAAUGUCGCGUUUGAACGCGAUUGUGUCGUGGCCCGACCUGUUUCUGGAUUUUGGAAUGUCAAGGUCCGCCUGACUGGUGUCGCCACGAACUGA